CUCGGUGUUGGCUGCAGGUGGUAUUUCCACGCUUUAUCUGCGCCUGCGCCGCGCGGGGUUCGCGGUCCUAGCUGAAGAGGUUCGCGGUCCGGUUUCACUUCUCCGAACCCCGAGGCAGUGUGUGAAGCUGGGACGCCGGCCAUGCUCCAGACCGCUUGGCGCCAGGAACCAGUGACCUUUGAGGAUGUGGCUGUGUACUUCACCCAGAAUGAAUGGGCCAGCCUGGACUCUGUGCAGAGGGCCCUGUACAGGGAGGUGAUGCUGGAGAAUUAUGCAAAUGUGGCUUCCCUGGCAUUUCCAUUCACCACGCCUGUUCUGGUCUCCCAGCUGGAACAAGGGGAACUGCCAUGGGGCCUCGAUCCCUGGGAACCUAUGGGCAGGGAGGCUUUCAGAGGUAUCUGUCCAGGGGAUGAGGCCAGAACUGAGAAGGAAAGAUUAACUCCAAAGGAGCAUGUGUCCAAAGAAACAGUGUCCUUCAGACUGAUGGUGGGGGUGCUGCCAGGGAAUGUUUCCCAGCACCUUGACUUUGGGAGCAGCCUAGAGCAGCCCCAAGGUCAUUGGAUAAUUAAGAAAAAGUCAAAGAGGAGACAUUUCACAGAUACCUCAGCCAGGUACCAUGAGGCCUAUGUGGUCAAGAAUGGAGAGAAGUUUGAGAAAUUAGGAAAAAAUAUUAGUGUCAGCACACAGCUCACUACAAAUCAGACAAUUCCUAGUGGUCAGAUAUCUUAUGAAUGUGGACAAUGUGGCAGAUAUUUCAUUCGAAUGGUAGACUUCCACCAACAUCAGAAAUGUCACACUGGUGAAAAGUCUUUUGAAUGCAAAGAAUGUGGAAAAGACUUCAGAUAUAACUCAUUACUUAUUCGGCAUCAGAUAAUUCACACUGGAAAGAAACCAUUUAAAUGUAAAGAAUGUGGAAAAGGUUUAAGUUCAGACACAGCCUUGAUUCAGCAUCAGAGAAUCCACACUGGAGAAAAGCCCUAUGAAUGUAAGGAGUGUGGCAAGGCCUUCAGUAGCAGCUCUGUCUUCCUCCAGCACCAGAGGUUCCACACUGGGGAGAAGCUCUAUGAAUGUAACGAAUGUUGGAAAACUUUCAGUUGUAGCUCAAGUUUCACUGUCCAUCAGCGAAUGCACACUGGGGAGAAACCUUAUGAAUGUAAAGAGUGUGGAAAACGACUAAGCUCCAACACAGCCUUGACUCAGCAUCAGCGAAUUCACACUGGGGAGAAGCCCUUUGAAUGUAAGGAGUGUGGGAAGGCAUUCAAUCAGAAAAUAACCCUGAUUCAGCACCAGCGAGUUCACACUGGUGAGAAACCUUAUGAGUGUAAAGUGUGUGGUAAAACCUUCAGCUGGUGUGGAAGAUUCAUUCUGCAUCAGAAACUACACACUCAGAAGACACCUGUCCAAGCAUAGGGCUAUCCAUAGUUCGGCCCAUGGUGCCUCUCAUUUUUUCUCUUUAUUUUCAUGCUCUUUUUCAGUGUCCUCGCUGUCCUUCCUGGGUAGACACUUGGCUUUCAUCAUGAAAUCUUCCUUAAGUUUUUUGAACCCGUGUUUCCCCAACAUGAAGUCUCUUUAUGGUUAGAGAAGACCAAAAAAAAAAGGAAAAACAAAAACAAAAACCAAACUUAGAAACAUGAAAGGAAAUGUAAGUUUCCAGAUUUAAAGGAUAUGCUGGGUGCCCAUUAGGAUGGAUUCAAGGGAAACCUACAUUAAGGAAAAUUGCUGUGAAUUACGAAAACACCAAGUUUGAAUAAGAGGAUCAUGGAGAAAAAAAUGAGACCCUAAAAGUUUCUAGAGCGAGAAAACAAAAGAUCAGAAAUUAAAGUGGGGCUGGGCACAGUGGCUCAUGCCUGUAAUCCCAGCACUGUGGGAUGCCGAGGCGGGCGGAUCACGAGGUCAGGAGUUCGAGACCAGCCUGACCAAUAUGGUGAAACCCUGUCUCUCCUGAAAAAACAAAAAUACAAAAAUUAGCCAGGCGUGGUGGUGCAUGCCUGUAAUCCCAGCUACUCGAAAGGCUGAGGCAGGAGAAUCACUUGAACCCCUGAGGCAGAGGUUGCAGUGAGCCAAGAUCACACCACUACACUCCACCCUGGGCGACAGAGUAACACUUUCUCUCAAAAAAAUAAAAAAUGAAAAUGGCGUUAGAUUUUUCAGCAGCAACCUUCAAAGUCAGAUGACAAUGUGUAUGCCUUCAGACUUCUCAUGGAAAAUGUUUUCCCCUGCAAGUCUAUACUCCAAAGUAUAAGUAUAAGGCCCUUAUACUUAUAAAGUAUAAGGCAAUUCAGGCCCUUUAAAUCUGAAACCUUUAUUUCCCAGGCAUCCUUUCUUAUAUUUGCAACACUACACAAGAAGUAAACCAGUAAAUAAAAAGACAGAUACAUGGAUACCCUAUUAUAGUCCGUAUGUCAGAAGUCUCCUAAAUUCAAAAACGGGCCCUGUCCAUGUGGAGCCACAUGCAUCUUGGAAGACAUUCCUAGUAGGGUGCAAACUUCAGAGACCUAUCUCAGGUUCAGUGUACACCCACCCUACUUACUUACUCUUCAGUUUGUCUUCACUAGACAGUUGUAGUCUGUUCCUUUGCAAAAGUCAGGAUGUAUAUACUCUUUGAGUCAGGUGCAAGGCACCAUUUGUCUUAAAUUUAUUCUUCUCAUUGCUGUAUCGAGUGAUCUCAAAGCUGGAAGCAUUUUCUUGCAACUCCAUCUAGUUAUUUUUUAUGAUCAUGGAAGAACCUACCAUUAUUGCUGUUAUCUGUGGAAAUGAGGGAAGAUGUAAAUGUGUUAGGUUUUAGCAUCCCCUCUGGCAGCCAGCUUGAUUUUGCCUGUUGCAGGAAGCAGAGAGUAGUGAUUAAUAAUACAGAGCCAGGCAGAUUUUGGUUUAAGCCCAGGUGUUUGUCCUUGGUUAAGUUACAAAAACUGCACUAGUUUCCUUAUCUGUAAAAUGAGGAUGACAGUUAAUCUACCUCAUAGGUUUGUGUUGGGGAUUAAAUGCAUUAAUACAUGUAGAAGUGUUUCAAAUGGUGACUGCAUAUAAUAAAAGUAUUACCUAUUAUUGGCCGGGCACAGUGGCUCAGGCCUGUAAUCUCAGCACUUUGGGAGGCUGAGGUGGGCAGAUCACGAGGUCAGGAGAUUAAGACCAUCCUGGCUAACAUGCUGAAACCCUGUCUCUACUAAAAAUACAAAACAUUAGCUGGGCAUGGUGGCACGCACAUGUAGUCCCAGCUACUUGGGAGGCUGAGGUAGGAGACCAGGAAGGCAGAGGUUGCAAUGAGCUGAGAUCAUGCCCCUGCACUCCAGCCUAGGCGACAGAGUGAGACCCCGCCUC